UCAUUUAUAAAGGCAAAAUGAGCGAGGGGGUGAAGCCGAUAAACACACACGAGGAGUUUAUAGCCAUCCUAGCAACCAACCAGGACAAAUUGGUAGUGAUAGACUUCUAUGCGGCAUGGUGCAAGCCCUGUAAGAUGAUAGCUCCAUCGGUGGAGAGGUGGAAUAAAGAGUACAAUGGUGACGUACUCUUUUAUAAGAUAAACGUAAACGAGAAUUGCCAGACGGCAGAGAUCUGCAAAGUCAAGUCAAUGCCCACGUUCCAGUUGUACAAAGGAGGAGAGGUUAUUGAACAGGUGUACGGUGCUAAAAAGGAAGUUAUCAAAGAAGCGAUAGAAAAGAACAAAUAAUGGAUAACGAUACUGAUAGAACUACAAUUGUAAAACCUAUUGAACGAGUAGCUACCUUAUAGCCAAGCUGAGGAGAAAGUAGAUAAUAUCUACAAGAUAUGAAGAUGUACAUAUCCGUGUAAUGUUGUUCUUUGCCGAGGGUAUAUGUAAUUUAAACUGUCAGUGAUUGCCGUCUUGGAAAUGAUGGGGCUGUUAUGGGUUCUUUACAAGCAAUAGCUGUUUAAAGAGCAAUGCUCAUUUUCACCCCAUUUAUCAGGGGCACUCAGUACUUGAAUGGUAAAUAAGGUAAAAACCUCAAAAUUGUGCCAUAACUCGUGUGGGACUCACCUAUUAUUCAAGUUUGGAGAAUUAUAAGAAUAUCAUUUAAAUCAGGUGUUAUUUAAAUUCAUGACCCUGGGAUGCUCCUCAUGCCAUGACCAUAGCAGGGAAUCUAGCAGUUUUCAUGGACCUUGUACUUUGUGUUCACUGUUCAAUAUCAUGAUGCAGCAUUUUUUAACUUUGUAUAAUAUCAUAAUUAUGUUCUUUGGUUGUGUUUGUAUGAUAAAGUAUUGAUAUAUGAUAUUGAUAAGAUGUUGUGAGUUUUGAAAAAAAACAUUAUUUUAACUUAGUAA